AUGGAGCGGGCCCUUACAGGCGCGCCCCUGCACAAGUGGUUCAUCCUGUGGCAGGCUCAGCCAUUCCACGACGGGCUCGUCCCGCUGCACGACGCCGUCGUCUUGGAGGCUGGCUUCCUGCACAAGUGCGACGCCCUGCCCUUCUGCGGUGAUCAGGACGUGCUGAAGCACCUGCCCGGCCCCGGCGCCCUGCCGGGGCUCGCCGGCAUGCCCCCGGGGGCGCUGCACGGGCUCGCCGGCAUGCCCCCCGGGGCCCUGCCGGGGCUCGGGCUGCCGCCCGCGGGCCUGCCGCCCCUGGGCCUGCCGCCCUCGGCGCCGCCCCCGCGGCCGCCCGGGGGCGCGCUGCCGCAGCCGGCGCCCCAGGAUGCGGCGGCGACGGACACCUACCGGUGGAAGCAGGACACCGACGAGGUCGAGGUGUCAGUCAGCGUUCCACUCACCGCGGUCAAGGGCGAGGUGAAAGUCGUCAUUCAGCCCCGCUGUCUGAGAUUGCUGCACAGGGACAAGGCCCUGGUCGAGGGUCAGCUCUGCUCGCACUGCAACCCGGAGGGUUCCACCUGGACGCUGGGAAGAGGGCAGGUCACCGUUUCCUUGGAAAAGAAGGACCCAAGGCCGUGGCCCACCCUCUUCGCGCCGGUGCCCCCGUGAGGGCCCUGCGGGCGGGCGGGGCCCGGCGCCCGCCGGCGCGCCGCGGCGGGCCAGGGCGGGCAGUCCUCGUUCGAGGGCAGAUCGGGGCUCAAGAGACCGGGGUCAAUGCAAUUGGGGUCAGUCAGAGCGCCAGUCUUGCAGGAUCCUGCCGUGCCAUGGUCGCAUUGACGGCGGUUUGGUUGCAGGAUCCUGCAGGAUCCUGCAGGAUCACGCAGGGUCCUGCAAGGCCCCGAUGACCUGGGUCUGGAUGGACCCAGGUCAGUAGAUCCCCGAGACGCUCGGGCGUUGCGCACAAUCAAGGCGCGGAAAGAAAGGCCAUUCUGGUCUGGGGAAGGUCUCUGGUUUUCGGGCAGUUCCGUAGAUCUCUGCCGGGUAGCCUAUUCGAGGCCGAGGUUCGCUGUAGUCAGG